AGGGUCUUCGCAAUGGUAUAUGAGGGUCUCUUCUCCACGUCUGGGAUGAAGUUUGCUCGAUACUUUUCCCCUUACUCCCCACGGCCUCGCUGUUGUGGAAGCUUGCCAUAUAAAUACACAAGCAUUUCCAAGCCUCACAAGCCUCCAGCAUCCUAUGCUUGGGUGAAACCAACGUGAAGGAUCGACAUACGCCAUUAUUCAUACGCCAACGCCACCAUCACCACCACCACCGAAUUCCAGCGACCCCACGACUCAACCUCUUUGGUGAGGUAACGACGACCCAAAGCACGAUCAUCCCAGUUGCGACUGUCCCAUUGCUGCCAACCCUCAAUACCAUUGCGCCAAACCCAAGCAACUACUCCUCCACGACCAUUGAUCCUCCAAGCAGCACUCUCACUACAUCAACAUGCCUCGAACAAUGUUUGUAAAUCCCUUCAAGACGCACAGUGUGGAUGAAUUCCCCGGCGUUCAUGUGCCUCUUGAAGAAUCAGUCCCCAGCGGCCCCACUCCCCACGACCGCCAGAGCAACUCCCCUGCGCCCUCUGAAAAAGACUCCAAAGACGAUAAACCUGAGCGCCCCGAAAGUGAUGCAUCAAGUGGUGUUGUUAACCAUGGAAUGACUCUCGCAGCACUCAAAGCAGAAAUCGAAGCAGAUGUUGCCGCCUCAGGCACCGACACGCCGUAUGACCGCAAGUCCAAGGUCAUCAACCGAGCCCUGGGCGAUAUGGGCAUGGGCCGCUACCAAUGGAAGCUUUUUAUCUUGGCGGGAUGCGGAUGGAUGGCAGACAACCUAUGGUUGCAGGGUGUUGCACUCACACUACCACAAUUAUCGGUUGAGUUUGGUAUCAGUGAGAGCGAAGUCCGAUAUACCACCCUAGCGCUCUUCCUCGGCCUCUGCAUCGGUGCAUCAUUCUGGGGUACCGCGUCAGACAUUAUUGGCCGCCGUGUUGCGUUCAACUUUACUCUAUUCCUUGCCGGUGCCUUUGGUCUGGCCUCGGGUGGUGGUCCCAAUUGGAUUGGCACAUGUGCUCUCUACGCCUGUAUCGGACUUGGUGUUGGUGGCAAUCUUCCUGUUGACGGAGCACUCUUCCUGGAAUUCCUCCCACAAACAUCUGGAAAUCUAUUGACACUGCUUUCCGUCUUCUGGCCUAUUGGUAACCUGAUUGCCUCGCUGCUUGCAUGGGCGUUCAUUCCCAACUUUUCCUGCCCUGCCGGCACUCCUACCGGACAGUGCAAAAUGUCAGACAACAUGGGGUGGAGAUAUCUCAUCCUGACGCUUGGAGCCAUCACCUUCGUCAUGUUCAUCUCGCGUUUCUUCUUCUUCCAUCUCUACGAGUCACCCAAGUUCCUGCUGUCACGUGGCCGCCAGGCUGAAGCUGUAGCAACCGUCUACGGAAUCGCGCAUUGUAAUAAGACGCACACUUGGCUUACCGAGGACAUUCUCAACUACAUUGGGGGCGAUCAGGAAGUGACUGGCGAGGACGCCAAGCUUAGCAGCCUGGAAAUCAUCAAGCGCUCCAUCAGCCGCUUUUCUUUUGACCGCUUCAAAAUCCUCUUCCAGGACAAGAAGCUUGGACUGACAACUGUGCUCUUGUGGUUCCAAUGGACUACUAUCGGCAUGGCAUACCCGCUGUUCAACGCCUUCCUGCCACAAUACCUGGCCAACUCUGGAGGCGAAGUAGAAAACGACGUCAGCACCGUGUACCGUAACUAUGCUAUCACUGCCAUUGUCGGUGUUCCUGGAUCGUUCUUGGCAUGCUAUGCUGUUGAGCUGAAGUUCCUGGGCCGCAAGGGAACGAUGGCCAUUGCGACUGUCAUCACUGGUGUCUUUGUCUUUCUGUUCACAAUCUCGAGCGACUCGGACUUUCAGCUCGCCUUUACUUGCUUGGAAGCCUUUUUCCAGAACAUAAUGUACGGUGUGCUGUACGCAUACACUCCCGAGGUUUUCCCUGGCCCAAUCCGCGGUACUGGUACUGGUAUCAGCAGUUUCUUGAACCGAGUUGCUGGAUUAUGCGCUCCUAUUGUCGCCAUUUUCGCUAGUAGUGGCAACCCCAAGGCGCCCAUCUACGCAAGUGGUGGUUUGUUCAUCGCGGCGUUCUUUAGCAUGCUGAUCUUGCCCAUUGAGACAAGAGGAAAGCAGACGCUAUAGAGAUUUGAGUUUGUAGCGGGCGGGGUUUUUCUCGCACCAAAGGCACGAUAGAGUGCUUUAUUCUCGUUAAUUGAAUGAUACCAUCUUCAG